AUGAAGGUCGCCACAAUCGCCCUCGUUGCUUCUAGCACCUGGUCCGUCGCCGCCCAAAACCGCGCCGACUUCCUGCCCGAGUGCUCCCUCAAGUGCCUCGACGACGCCACCCAAAAGGUAACAAACUGCGCCCUCGACGACGCCGUGUGCUGGUGCGUCCAGAAAAACUACGAGGACAUUUACAACCAGGGAGUUGCCUGCGUCCUCGACGCUUGCGGAUCCGACAAGGCCAUCAAGCAAGUACUUCCUGGUGCUGCUAAAUUCUGCGCUGCGGCCACUGCUUCGGCCAAGGCGGCGACCAGCACACCUGCUCCUACCGCGUCAGCGCAGUCCUCGAGCGUGGCCGGAAACAACACGGCGUCCAUCACGAGCUCUGCGGCUUCAUCGAUGGCUUCUACAAGCUCUACUGCCAAGCCCACGACGGCAUCGCCAGGCGCCGCCGCAACAGCUGGUCCGAUUGCCGGCGCGGCGGUACUGCUAGCCGGUGUCUUGGCCGUUCUGUAG